GAUCAAGCUGGUGGAGAGAGCCAACCGCGCCGCGUGCGCCCUCACCUUUUGCCCUUCACCUCUCCCGACACCUCGCAGGCUUUCACUUCGCCGCCUCGUCUGGUUCUUUCGGCCUUCUAGCUCUCAGACCCUCUCUUCUUUGCGAGUCUUGCAGAGCACGCUCAAGCCGUGCACAGACCCAGCCUCGCGUGCACCCAAAAGGGCACCGCCUCAUCCAGUCACUGCAUCAGCAUCAUGUCGAACUACGUGCAAUUGGAGAAGCUGGGAGAGGGCACAUAUGCUACGGUGUUCAAAGGAAGGUCACGCACGACGGGUGAGACCGUAGCUCUGAAGGAGAUUCACCUGGACGCGGAAGAAGGCACGCCCUCUACAGCGAUUCGCGAAAUCUCUCUGAUGAAGGAGCUGCGUCACACCAACAUUGUCAGGUUGCACGACGUGAUCCAUACAGAGAGCAAAUUGAUGCUCGUCUUCGAAUUUAUGGAGCAGGAUCUCAAAAAGUAUAUGGACAUUCAUGGAGAGAGGGGAGCGUUGGAUCCUACAACUGUAAGGAGUUUCAUGUUCCAAUUGCUCAAGGGCACCGCAUUCUGCCACGAAAAUAGGGUGCUCCACCGAGACCUCAAGCCUCAGAACUUGCUCAUCAACAAGCGCGGCGAGCUCAAGUUGGCAGAUUUCGGCCUCGCCAGAGCAUUCGGUAUUCCGGUCAACACGUUCAGCAACGAGGUGGUUACGCUAUGGUACAGGGCUCCAGACGUUCUGCUGGGCUCGCGAACGUACAGCACAUCCAUCGAUGUAUGGAGCGCGGGAUGCAUCAUGGCGGAAAUGAUCUCUGGAGUGCCGCUGUUUAGAGGUAGAGACAACAGCGACCAGCUGAAUCAGAUUUUGAGAAUCUUGGGCACGCCGGACGAGAUCACCAUGAAGAGGCUGCAAAACGAUUCGCCUGAAAUCCAGGUGCGCCCCCUCCCACGCACUCCUCGAGUGCCUUUUCAGCAGCUCUUUCCCAAAGCGCAUCCCCUCGCCAUUGACCUGCUGGACAAGCUUCUCAAAUUCGACCCGACGCAACGCAUCUCUGCCGACGAAGCUCUGAGGCACUCUUACUUCACUACGAGCUUGGCAGUGCAGGGACAGGGUGGCGCUCCUCAACAAGCUCAACAAAAUUACCUUCAGCAGGGUCAACCGGGGCAAAUGCAGCCCCAAAAUGGACAGUGGACGCAGGUCCAACAACCACAACAGCAAGUCUACAUGCAAUGAGCGGCUCGUCCGCUGCCAAGUUCUGGCUAGUCAACUUUUCCCGUCACCUGUAUCGACACGAACUUCAUCUUUACGGUCCCGCUCGUCGACAACGCUCAUGG